AUGUCGCGAUUUUCCUCCAUCGAUGGUCAGCACUCGGCGCUGCGCGACCUGGAGCGACAGCGCUUGGAGAAGCUGAUGGGGCAGCUGCGCCGAGAGGUGGAGCCAAAGGCGGACAAGGCUGGCCGCCGCUUCCAGCCCCCGGGGCGGCGGAAGGAGCGGCCGAAGCCGGCACAGCCGGCACAGCCGGGCGAUGGCCGCGAUGGCCGCGAUGGGUUUGCCGGCCCCGGCUCCCGUCCGGACAGUGUGGCACCCAAGGAGCCCAAGCCGCCGGCGGUGCCAAGCGCAGAGAUGGCCUGGCUCUUGCGAGUUAGCGAGCGGUUCGACGAAGAGGCACGAGAGGUGCAUGCUUUUCUGGUCCAAAACGGCCUGGAUCAGUAUGCACCAUUGCUGGCUAAUGGGCCCGGCACGCCUGGAGCUUCCCUCGAGGCGCUGCGUUCCGCCUCCGAGGAGCUCCUGGAAGAGGCAGGCUUAGCGGCCUCGCCGAGGCGGCAUCUCCUGCAGGCCCUAAAGGGCUCUGCGGUUCAAGAAGACGCACCAGAGCCAGGUGCAAGCUUCUCGGUCUCACCCACUGAUUGCCAGCAUUGGGGUCGUCUUGGGCACUUGCCUGCGGGUUGGCAUCGAUGUUCGCGAGGAGAACAGCGUGCGCAUAUCUCCACGCUUCCAGAGCCAGUUGCUCAUGCUGAUGCAGCUGUGGGCGAUGACAGUCCGCUUCCUAUGGUGGAUGAGGAUCUGAAGGUGGGAAGCUCCCAGGUUGCCGCGCCUCCCCUGUCCGAGCGCCGGCCCCCUUCCAGCAGGGCCUCGAAACCUGUAGAGUCUGCAGAGGCUGAGCCUGCACGGCCCGACCAUGCACUAGAACACCGAAGCUCGACCUCAAGUGCACAGAAGGGCUGCUGCUACCAGUGCUUCCGGCAAGUGUACGUGGCGAGCGCGUUUCACCUCGAGCCUGAAGAGGCACCCAGCAACGCAAUCUCCGCUCUCGUGGGCUGUGAGUUCGAUGUGAGGAUCUUCUGCAGCUCCGACUGCAUGGAGCGCUUCAGACAGGCCUCCGGUCUCGGUCACCUCGGUCACCUCGGCUCUGCAAGCUCCGGCAAGUGGUUGAAUCAAGUGCAGCGCUGGAAGCCGCCGCCCAGCAUGAUGCCAGUAGACAGCCUCAGCUUUCCCAUUCCACAGUUUAUUGUCAUUGGGAAGCAGAGCGUUGGCAAGUCGCGCCUCAUCGAGGCCCUUGCUGGAGAGACCUUCAACUUCGUCUCAGGCUCUUUAGGAUCCAGGAGACCGACGGUGCUGGAGUUCCGGAAUGUUCCGGGUUUGAUGCCUUCCAGGUGGUCUGUCUUCGACGAGAAUCUCAAGAAGUGGUCAACAUAUCCGGUGCAAGAGGUGAUGAUCAUCGUCGGCAAUGCUCACGAGGCUUGUGGACAGAACGUCAGCGAAAUGCCCAUACGUGUCAAGGUGGAGGGUCAAGACUGUACAGACCUGGGACUUGUGGACCUGCCUGGAUUCAGGUCCUAUGCCAAGGACGAUGCCAUGCAGCAGCUGGCCAAAAAGAUUGACACCAUGGUGUUCAAGUUCAUGAACGAUGAGAACAACAUCAUGCUUUGUGUGGAGGAGGCUGGGGACGCCGCAGGCUUUGCCACGCUUGGGAAAGCCAAGCAAGUGGACCCAACGUACAAGCGGACAAUCCUCAUAAGGAACAAGCUCGACAAGUACUAUGGUGAUCUGACACCGGAGAACAUCAACAAAUGGUUGGAGGGCUAUGGUGACCUUCCUCAGCACUUGGCACGCUUUGCCGUGUCCUUGCCACACUGGACUGAUACGAUGCCCAAAGCGUUCGGCGAGAUGCGCAAAGAAUGCGCUGACCGAGACAUGGAAACGCUGGCGGCGAAGGGUGCAUCUGCAAAGUACAAGAUGACAAUUGGAUUUCAAAACUUCAGAAACUUCAUGGAGAUCAAGAUCCAACAACUCUUUGCGGACGCACUGGCACCAAUGCUGACCAGACUCAAAACUAUGCAGGAGGAGCACGAGAAGAAGCUGGAUGUGAUCCGGCAGGAAACAGAGACGAUCAAUGAGGACAACAUCCUUCACGCAACACGGUCAGCUGGAAUCACGUUUGCUCAAAGCUUCAUCUUCCUUAUGGAGGGCGCGCUGUCUUCCGAGCACAAUCGAAAGACCCUGGAAGAAGAGCUACGGUCGUUUCAUGAGUACUGUUCACGGACGAAGACUUUAGACGAACAGGAACUGCUUCCAGCAUUCUUUGAGGAUCUGGAUUCCUACGUUGCCUACCUUCGUGAUACGGUGAAGCUGCCUGCCAUGGAUGUGUCGCUCAACGGCGGAGCUCAGUUCCGAAGGGUGAUGUACGAGGUCGAGGUGUUCACCCGCUUCGCGGGGCUCGGCAAGAAGCUGGAGCCCGUGGAUGUCAUUCAGGCGCGAGGCUCUGGCUUGAAGGAGUGCACCUGGCAGGAUACGAUUACGCAGCUGAUGAUGCAGAAUGCGCCCACCAGAAUGCGCACAAAGACAAAGUAUGUCGGGGAGAGAUUGAAGUUCUUCUUCGGAGAGCAGAAGGAGGCCACGGUGCAGUUCAUGCUCGGGCUCACAGGUUCCCCGGAGGAGCAUAUGUUUUCGCGCUUGAUUCCCAAGCAGGCACAGGUGAUCCAGAGAAAUGACACGAUGAAACGAUGCAUAUUUGAUGCUUUCGAUGCUGCAUGUGACAAGCAUCGAAUUCGAUUUAUGCAGAUGUGGUGCGACUUUAUGGACAGCAUGUUCCAGUCGCCCCUCAUGCUGUUGAAGUCCGGCUCAAUGCCAUCAAUUGGCUCGGGUUACGAGGAGGAGAUUGCACCAACUUUUGAAUCAACGAAGGCGCGCAUCCAUCAGGAGCGAAGAGGGAGAGGUACUCUGCAGACGGCACUCAGGGAAAAAGUGAAGCAAAUCCCGGACGAAGAUGUAAUGGCGAAAGAGUCGGUCAAAAUGGUCCAAAGGAUUAUUGAACAGACCUUUGCCGUCAUUCGCAGCGUCGUUGCAGACCACAUGCAGCUGUACUCGGAGUCCUUCUUCCUUCUCCCCAUGCUGCGACGCCUUGAAGGGGUCAUGGCUGACAUGGAGCUGCAGGAGGAGGACAAAGAGAAGUACAGAGCUCGAAAGUCCGUCCUGGAAAAAGAGAAAGCGGCGUCCGAAGGUAUGCUCGCGGACCUUACCUACUGCAUCGAAGCAGUUAAGAGAUUCAAGGUCACCUACGGUGGGGGGCACUAG